GCUAGGUCUCCACUGUCUUUUCACAUUCAGGAGCUUUAGCUAAACCAGUCCGCUUGCUAAACUUGUCAUUGCUACUACGAUGAGUGAUAAGGGUAGUUCACAAAUGACCAGACGUCGCAUUCUUCUGGCUGUUGAUGGCAGUGAGUUUGCUAAGAAAGCAUUCGAUUGGUAUGUAGAAAAUAUGUUUCGUCAAGGAGAUACUAUUCUUCUUGUUCAUGCAUUCGAGAUGCCAAUACCUAUAAUCAUUGGAUUUGAAGAAAGCGUGGUGCUGGGAGAAGGAUUUGAAAGGCAAGUUCAGCUUGCACAAGAUAAUGCUACCAGGCUUCUUCAAGAGUAUUUGGCUAUGUGCGAAUCAAAUCAGAUUUCUUGCCAAGCAAUUAUUGAGAAUAUGGAAGGGUCUGCAGGUAAUGUCAUUUGUCGAGUAGCUAGAGAUCGAAGCGCUGACUUGAUUGUAAUGGGGUGCCGAGGCCAAGGAUUACUUCGUCGAACUUUUCUGGGCAGUGUGAGCGACUAUGUCAUCCACCAUGCACAUUUGCCUGUGAGUGUUGUUCCACCAAAACAGUGAAUGGGAGGAAGUUGUGAGACUGGACAUCAUGGUUUUGAAAUGUUGUGUAAGACAGGUGCUUGUGCUUUUGUUCUAAUUGUACUGACUGAGUGGUUAACAUUCAUUACGAAGUACCACAGCAACUCUGUGGUUGUAUAGUAUCAGUCAGAUAGCUGCAGUAUUGCUUGGCAUUGUCUUACAGUUUGUAUUUGUUGGUGGUCUCCUUUAAAACUUUCAAGCAGCUUGAGACGAGCA